AUGGGGUUAUUUGGUUUCAUGGAAACGAAGGUGAAGGCUAGGAGGUUCAGUAAGGUAUUUGGUAAGGAGUGGUCAAUUGUUACUAACUAUUCUGCUCAUAACUCUGGAAGGAUUUGGCUUACCUGGCUCCCUUCUAUUUUUUCUGUUAGUAGUUGCAAGGUUGGUGUGCAGUACAUUCACACUUUGGUAACCCAUAGAGCUUCUAUGAAGUCUUUUUGGGUUACUAUGGUAUAUGGUCUUAAUGAUGCUAGUGAGAGGGAGAAGCUAUGGGAGCAAAUUUUUGAUUUGGCUACCUCAAUCAGUGAACCUUGGUUGAUUGCUGGUGAUUUUAAUAAUAUUCUGAACCUAGAGGAUAAGCUGGGUUCUCCUUGUACCAUUGCCGAGGUUAAGAAGUUUAGAACCUGUUUGAGAAGUAAUGAUCAGAUGGAUUUUAAUACUGGAGGCAUGUUUUUCACAUGGAAUAAUAAACAGGAGGGAAGAGACAAGGUCUGCACCAAAAUUGAUAGAGUGAUAGUUUACAGAUUCUGGCUGAGCAUUUUCCCCCAUUUCAGUGCUGAGUUCCUCCCUGAGGGAUUAAUGGAUCAGUCUCCUUGUUGUAUGAAGCUAGAUAAUCAGAUUGGAAAUGUUAGAAAGCCAUUCAGAUUUUUCAAUAUGUGGACUGAAGCUCCAGACUUUCUUGAAAUAGUAAAGGAUGCUUGGAACUGCUCUAUUAAUGGUACUCCUAUGUUUAGAGUGAAGGUGAAUAGUGACCCUACUAAUGAAGAUCUCUUGAAGCAGGAGUAUGAGGCAAGGGCUGAGUAUGCUAAAGCUCAUCAGAAUCAGAAUGGAGAGAUGAUCAAUGCUCCUGACAAGAUUGCUGAAACUUUUGUCUCUUAUUACCAGAAAUUGCUAGGAAGUGAUGAGGGGGAAGUGAUGGACAUUCAUACUGAAGUGAUUCAGGCUGGUCAGGUUUUGUCUGAAAGUCAGAAACAUGCUGUUAUCAGGCCUUUUACUGAGAAUGAUGUGAGGAAUGCUCUCUGA